AUGUGUGUUUUCGGGUAUCUGAUACAGUUGUGGAACCUUACAGCCCUCUCAGUUCAUCAACUGGUAGAAAACACAGACGAGACUUACUGUAUUGAUAAUGAGGCUCUAUGUGAUAUCUGUUUCCGUACUCUCAAACUGACCACACCCACUUACGGUGAUCUAAACCACCUGGUUUCAGCCACUAUGUCUGGAGUGACCACCUGUCUCCGAUUUCCUGGUCAACUAAACGCCGACUUGAGAAAACUCGCCGUCGACAUGGUACCCUUUCCACGUCUACAUUUCUUUAUGCCAGGAUUUGCUCCUCUCACUUCACUCCCAGCAAUGUUUGACGCCAAAAACAUGAUGGCUCGCCAUGGUCGUUAUCUGACAGUCGCUGCUAUGUUCAGAGGUCGUAUGUCAAUGAAGGAGGUGGAUGAGCAGAUGCUGAACGUUCAGAAUAAGAACAGUCUAAAAAUGUCUGGCAGAUUUAUUGGUAAUACGACAGCCAUUCAGGAACUCUUCAAGAGAAUCUCAGAACAGUUUACUGCCAUGUUCAGAAAAAAGUCUUUUCUCCAUUGGUAUACUAAUGAAACUGAAGAGGAGGGGGAAUUUGAGGAAGAAGAAGGUGAACAAGAAGAUGCUUAG